CCGACCCCAGUUCAGUAUCGAUGACGCCUUCGAGCUGACCCUGGAGGACGCGGGACCUGGGCCGGAGUCCAGCGGGGUUGCCCGCUUCGGGCCGCUGCACUUCGAGCGCCGGGCCAGGUUCGAGGUGGCUGAUGAAGAUAAGCAGUCCCGGCUGCGCUACCAGAGGGAAGUGAAAAGGCCCAAACCCAGCAAUCUUUCUGAACCCUGUGUUCUGGUACAGAACCUGGAAAAUGAUGAGGAUGGAGCCCAAGCCUCUCCAGAGUCCGAUGGGGGAGUCAGCACCAGGGAUUCUGGGCACAUGUCCAUCCGUAGUUCUCAGUGGUCCUUCAGCACCAUCAGCAGUACCACCCAGCACUCCUACAAUGCCUGCUGCAGCUGGACCCAGCAUCCUUUGAUCCAGAAAAACCGGCGGGUAGUUCUGGCCUCCUUUCUGCUCCUGCUGCUGGGGCUAGUGCUUAUCCUGGUCGGCGUGGGACUGGAGGUGGCCCCCUCUCCAGGUGUCUCCAGCGCCAUCUUCUUUGUGCCAGGCUUCCUGCUGCUAGUCCCGGGAGUCUAUCACGUGAUCUUCAUCUGCUGUGCUGUCAAGGGCCACCGGGGCUUCCAAUUCUUCUACCUGCCCUACUUUGAGAAGUGAGCUGCAGCUGGCCUUUGGGAUACCAGAGAUCCAAAGCAUCAGGCCACCUCCACGUGUCCACAAGGCAGUCUUCCAACCUAUGUACACCCGUUUCUUCCCCCUUUCACCUGGAAGGAAAGGCCCUCUGGGACUCUCAUACCCACCAGUCCCCUCAGGAUUUGCUCAGGAAGUUUGGGGCAUGCUACCCCUUAGCCUGAUGUGUGCCUUAAUUUAUUACUGGGCCCUGAACUCCUGGGUUGGUGUAAUUUUGUGCUAAUAAAAGGGUAAUUAAUCCCAGCA